AUGUCCAGACCCACGCUCUCAUUGCGGCUGCUGGUGGCAGCAGUUACCUUUGUGGUCUGUGCGACACAGCAGGUCAUCAGCAUGGGAGGCAACAGCAGCCUACCCCAGUCGGACUGGAUCUGGAACCAACUGCACUGCUGGGAGGGCGUCUCGGAGCCCAGACAAAUUGGAAAGAUCAAAUCGGUUUGGCACAUAGAAGGGCAGACCGCGUAUAAGGUCCAAGGGGAGGGAGUUGGAACCAUCUUCAAGGUCAACCCCGAGACUGGCGACAUUGGUGUCUACAGAGUGUUGGAUCGGGAGAAGAAAGAUCAGUACAGAUUAGAGGGGAGUGUGAUCAACAAGAAUACUUUGAAGCAAAUUGGCACCAGCACCAACUUUACCAUUCGAAUACUGGACGUCAAUGACAAUGCACCCAUAUUCACCAAGGAUCCAUUCAAUGGAACCGUUGCUGAGAUGUCCAGCAAAGGCACAUCUGUCCUGACCAUCAGCGCCCAUGACCCAGAUGACCCAACUGUGGACAAACAUGCAAAAGUAACGUACAAGAUUCUGAGCACGCAGGAUAAUUUCUACAUUGAUUCAAUGUCCGGAACCAUAUAUGUAAAGAACACAAACCUGGACCGAGAACGGAAGAAGGACUAUCAGCUGAUAGUACAGGCCAAGGACAUGGGGCUUGACCAAGGAGGAAUGAGCUCUUCGGCAACUGUGCACAUCUCUCUGACCGACAUCAAUGACAAUGCCCCCUUCUUCCGGCACAGGCAGUACAAUUACACUGCAUCAGAGGCGACCCCUAUCGGAGCUGCUCUCGGCCGGGUGAAAGCAGAGGACCUGGACGAAGGCAUGAACGCAAGGAUAUUGUACACAGUCAUUCCCGACGACAUCUUCCAGAUCACCACAGACCCACGCACACAGGAGGGGAUGAUAACUUUAAAAAAGCCGCUGGAUUUUGAGACGCAGACGAGGCACCGCGUGGGGGUGGAAGCCGAGAACCCCACCCUGGUGAAGGGCAAGCAGUACAAGACGAGCACCACCCUGCUCAUAGACGUGCUGGACAUCGACGAACCUCCUGUCUUCAGCCGGUCCCGCUACAUCCUCCGAGUGGCCGAGAACGAGCCCAUUGCUACGGCCGUGGGCAGCGUGUCAGCAGCAGACCCCGAUCACGCAAAGCAGCCGGUCAGCUAUUCAUUACUGAAUGGCAUGGACUUAUUCAGAAUCGGGGACAAUGGAAUGAUUUACACCAGAAAGUCACUGGAUCGAGAAGCAGUGGCUUGGCACAAUAUCACCGUGGCUGCCAGUGAAGUUGGCAAGAGCAAUUCCACAUCCUACGCACCUGUGGCAAUAAAAGUUCUGGAUAAAAAUGACAAUGCUCCCACACUUGCUGACAGCUACUUCCCCCACGUCUGUGAGAAUGAUCCAGUUGGAACGGUCAUCCAAGUGAUCUCUGCUGUCGACAAGGAUGAAAUGACACCAGAUGUGAAAUUCUUCUUCAGUAUUCCACUGAAGGCCAGUAACUUCUCUGUGAAGAACAAUGGUGAUCACACUGCCAACAUCACCGUGAACCAGGUAGGCUUCAACCAGAAGGAGAUGAGCAAGUUCUCGGUGUUGAUCGUCAUGGAGGACAAUGGCCAGAGCAGCAACGCCACGCUGGACAUCAGCGUGUGCUCCUGUGACCGGGACAGGAAUCCCAUCAACUGCAACAACUUGGCUGCACUCCGCUCCGGGGUCACAGUCACCAUCCUGCUCAUCAUCUUCCUCUGCAUCAUCAUCACCAUCGUCCUGGCGGUGCUGAUAGUGCGUUGGAAGCUGCAGCGGAAGAGUUCGUUCGGGGGCCUGGUGAAGGUGCCGGGGGAAAUCCGGGAGCAGCUGGUGCAGUACGACGAGGAGGGAGGAGGAGAGAUGGACACCAACAGCUUUGACAUCUCCGUGCUGAACUCCCUACGGACCAAGGGAGCGCGGCCGCUGAGGGUGACCGACUGCCCGCCCGUGUACGCCCAAGUCCGGAAGCCUGACGACAACAUGGGCACGGUGGUCAGGAUGAAGAAGGACGAGGCGGACGGAGAUAGGGACGGGCUUCCCUACGACACACUCCAUGUCUAUGGCUACGAGGGUGCUGACUCGGUGGCCGAGUCACUUAGCUCCCUCGAUGUGUCCUCCGUCGACUCCGAGCAGGAUUACGACUUCCUGAAUGACUGGGGCCCCAGGUUCCACAUGUUGGCCGAACUCUACGGAUCCGACCCUUGCAGAGAGAGCUUGGCAUACUGAGGUGGGAGAGGCAUGUGAGAGGGUGGAGCAUUCUGGUGGUGGAGAUACUAACUGGAUCAUCAGUAGGUAUACUGUUGGAUAGCCACUCCGUCUAUCCAUGCAGUUAUCACAUGCAGUUAGUUCAUCACCAAUCUCAUAAGUUACAAGAGCGGAAUUAGGCCAUUCGGCCCAUCAAGUCUACUCCAGCAUUCAAUCAUGGCUGAUCUAUCUUUCCCUCUCAAUGCCAUACUCCUGCCUUCUCCCUAUAAUCCCUGACACCCGUACUAAUCAAGACUCUAUCAAUCUCUGCCUUAAGGAUAUCCAUUAAUUUGGCCGCCACCGCCAUAUUCGACAAUAAAUUCCACAGAUUCACCACCCGCCGACAAAAUAAAUUUCUUCUCCACUCCUCACCUUCUUUCUAAUAUCUCAACUCUCUCCACCCCUUGCUUUGGUCCCUCAUACCAGAUUCCAUUCAAACUCAGAUAGGAGCCCCAAGGAACUACAGAUGCUGGAAUCUUGAGGAAAACACAAAGUGCUGAAGGAACUCAAUGGGUCAGGCAGCAUCUGUGGAGGAAAUGGACAGAUGAUGUUUCACAUCACAAAACAUCGCAUGUCCUUUCCUUCCACAGAUGCUGCCUGACCCAUUGAGUUCCUCCUGCACUUUGUAUUUUGGAUGGAAAUCCUGCUUGUUUAUCCUUGCAGAUUGUGUUCCAAAUAAACUGUGCGGUCAAAUUAACUGACAUUUCUAGAUUAAUACGGGUGUCAGAGGUUAUGGGGAGAAGGCAGGAGAAAGGGGUAAGGAGGGAGAGAUAGAUCAGCCAUGAUUGAAUGGCGGAGUAGACUUAAUGGGCCGAAUGGCCUAAAUCUACUCCUAUUCCUUAUGACCUUAUGACAUGAUAGGAAACUUCAGUACAGCUCCACCAACGAUUUUCCGGCAACUGGUGAUCCUGCACCUCCUUUCAUCCGGAAAACAUUAAGAGAGCACAUUUGAAUUCCCCCACCGCCAGAAGUUGCCCCAAAAAUGUGGCACUUAGGCCAGGUAUGGUGGCCAACCUCGACCUCAUCGGGACUUCCACGGCUGGACUUCCAAUCGAUGGGUCGGGGCUCUGGAACUCCGGCCCGGCCCGAGCCAACAGACCCGUUCCCAUGGCCGAUUUGCGAGGCUGACUUUGCGGGCCAGUGUCUCGGCGGCCUAGGCGGAACUUUCCGGUACCAUUGGGUUCCUCUCGGAGGCUGUGACCUCUGUUGGUCCUGCAAAGUGGAUAAUCUUGACUGGAAGCAGAAGUGCCGGAAUAUCGGUGGUGGGCCUGUAUUUAUGUCAGAUCAAGUGAUUAUGAGUCAGAUCAGUGAGAUUUGGAUGCUUUUCUGUCCAUUCACUUACCAAUCUUUGGGAAUUCAAUCCAUUGGCAUUCCUGUAGGAAAACCAAACGUACCAUGUGUACUGUACAUUCCUUUUAUUCUGUAAACUUGGAAAUCCUCAGGUGUAAUCAUUCCUCUCUCUCUAUUUCAAUGUAUCUUAACUUUUUUUAAGUUUUCUUUUUCAAUGCCCAAUGUAGUGUGUUGGUAAAGUUGUGAAAGUUUGGUGCCUCUGUGCAGACAACAUAUUCUCAUCCAACUUCUUUUAAGCAAACUGAUUUUUUAAUAUCAACGUCGGUGAACAGCUGAGGUAUCGCACAGCUGGGCCUUCUCAAGAAGAAGGUGUGUUUUUCUGUUCACAUAUUAUAUUGUAUGUGUCACAUUCAGGCUGUGACCAGUAUAUCUGUGAUGUAGUAUUAACUUGUUAUUAACAUGUUCUUUGUUGUAAGCCGGUAAUCUUCAGUAAGAGUUUGUAAAUGUCAAUAAAAUUAAUUCAACUAAACUUAAA